AUUGGCGCGGCCGUUCGCGGGAUAGUGUUUGUGGCGCCAAGUAGAGUCAGGUUUCUCCUGGGUGGGAAACUGCGGGAUUCCCCGGGCUCGGAGUGGACUUCGUGGACACCGGCUAGCUACAGCCCUUGGGGCGCUGCGAUCAACAUGUGGAAUAGUGGAUUUGAUGGAGGCUAUGGGAACACUUCCUACGUUGGUGGUGGCUACACACAGCCCCCAGGGGGAUUUGGCACUCCUACUGCUUCUCAGGCUGAAAAGAAAUCAAGAGCACGAGCCCAGCACAUUGUCCCUUGCACCAUAUCACAGCUCCUUUCUGCCAACCUGAUUGAUGAAGUAUUUAAGAUUGGGGAGAUUGAGAUUUCACAGGUCACUAUUGUGGGGAUAAUCCGACAAGCAGAGAAGGCACCAACUAACAUUGUUUACAAAAUAGAUGAUAUGACUGCAGCGCCAAUGGACGUCAGACAGUGGGUGGACACCGACGACACAAGCAGUGAGAAUACCGUGGUACCACCAGAAACCUACGUGAAAGUGGCUGGUCAUCUCAGGUCUUUCCAGAACAAAAAGAGCCUGGUGGCAUUUAAGAUUCUUCCUCUAGAGGACAUGAAUGAGUUUACUAUCCAUAUCCUGGAAACUGUUAAUGCCCAUAUGGUCCUAAGCCAGUCUGUCAAUCAGCCCUCAGUAGGAAGACCAUCUCUCAGCACUUCUGGAAUAGGGGAUCCAGGAAGCUUUGGGGGAAGCAGCUUUGGUGGGAAUAGUCUUAUGCCAGCCAAUGGCCUCACUGUAACCCAGAACCAGGUGCUGAACUUGAUUAAAGCUUGUCCAAGGCCAGAAGGCAUGAACUUUCAGGAUCUCAAGUCUCAGCUCCACAACUUAAAUGUGUCUGUAAUCAAGCAAGCUGUUGAUUUUCUCAGCAAUGAGGGACACAUCUAUUCCACUGUGGAUGAUGACCACUUCAAAUCCACAGAUGCGGAGUAACUGGACAGAUCUGUUUUCACAGGAGCCUCAACUCCCACCGUGCAUCGAUUUGAUCUAGUGACUUGGACAAGGUUUUCCACAGACACUCUUGUGCCCCUUCAGAGUUUCUGCUCCCCAUCUCCUUUUGCUGCUCCACUUAACACCAAGCAUACUUAGCAGUCAACUAGCAGAAGCUUGCAGUGAUGUUCGGACUUGGUGGAGAGUGGCACGGGAGGAGUCAGGGGAAAAUAUUAUUUAAAAAGAGGGUUUGAAAACUUGUGUCUUAAAGCUUCUCUCCCUCAGGAGAAAGUGCGCAGGCUUGGGUGUCAUGGGGCCAGCCAGCGAGGCAAGGUAGGCCUUGAUUCCCAGGUGUGGCUUCCAGGGUGCUUCCAGACGCGCCGCUGGCUUCCUCAGGCACCGGGGGUGACUGGACGGGUGCAUGUAUGCCUGUUGUAGGAAUACAGCAUGAUGCUGAAGGACGUAAGAGAAGAUCAUUAGGUAGAGUGCAAAAUAAACAUGUCCUGAUCUUUGGUUAACA